AUAUGGCAAGGUUGUUGCAGCGACAAGUUUGUAUUGUUUUUCGUGCUGUCAGUAGUUUUAUUACUAAUAGUAAGCCAUUUUUAAGGUUUAAAUAAGUCUUAAUUAAAAAGUUAUGUCGUUAUUAACAAAGAAUAAUGCAAAUCAGCACUGCCGUACUUGUUUGAAAAGGCUUGGUGCUAAUACAGACGGUUUUUCUGGCAAUGUUGAUCAAGACGAUAUACCGGAUAGCAAGGAGCUACAAUUUAACAUUUAUAGCGAUCCUGAGCUGCAACAACUGAUAUAUAUGUACAUAGAUGGCCCUAGCAGAAGUAACACGGCAAAUGCUGUUGAUAAUGAAUUGCCAGCACAUAUAUGCCUCGCUUGCUACAGUUUGCUCAACAACUUUGCCUUAUUCCGUAAAAGGGCUCAACAGAGCGCCGAAAAAUUACGCACUGUACUGAAUUGUAGUAGUGGCAUGAUAAAAGUUGAAAUCAACUAUGACGAAGAUGAAAAUCAAUUUAUGGAGAAAAAAGAACGUGUGGAAAACUUGGUUCAGGAUUGCAAAUUGCAAUUUAGGGAUGCACUUAUGGAAGACGAGCAGGUUUUUUUCGAUACAUCGGUUGCAAACUUAGCAGACACAGAACUAAAUGAUGAGAUGGCAGAUCCAUUUGCACCUGCAUUACAAACGGCUGUCGAUUGUGACAGUAAAACAGUCGCUGGAAAGAAGGACGACAUCAAGAAAGAAGAGCCAACAUUAGAAAACAGCGACAAGUAUAAAUGUACACACUGCACCCAGACGUAUGCUUUCAAUUCAGAAUUGCAAGCACAUAUGCGGGAAGCGCAUGAUAAUAAGUUGCCGUUUACGUGUACUCAUUGCGACAAAGCCUACAGAUAUAUUCGCAGUCUACAGGAACAUAUGAAGCAAAAACAUCAAACAGUACUAAAUGCAGACGCCCAGUUUAAGUGCAAUGUGUGCCCAAAGGCAUUUACAACAGAUUUGUCACUAAAAAAACAUAUGUGUUUUCAUAUUAAAGAAGAUAUGUCUCGUGUUUGUGGAAUUUGUGGUAAACGAUUUCCGGUAAAAAAUUUGCUUGUAGAUCAUUUACGCACACAUUCGACAGAUGGCCGAAUACCUUGUGGUCAGUGUGAUAAAAGUUUUAUGUGGUAUCAAGAUCUAUUGAAUCAUGAACUUUCUGCACAUCUGAAAGAGAAACCAUUUCCCUGUAAACUUUGUGAUAAAUCAUUUCAAACGCAAAAGUCCCUACGCUUCCACAAUUACCGACAUUCUGGAGAAAAACCAUAUCUUUGUGACGUUUGUGGAAAGGACUUCCGCCAACCAACGGCUAUGAAACAACACCGGCUGAAACAUUUUAAAGAUGAUACGGUUGAAAAAAAGCUAGAUAAUGUUAAUAAUUGUAAAAUGUCGGCACUAUCAAUAGAAAAUGUAAAAGAGCAUUGCCGAACUUGCUUGAAAAAAUUGAAAAGAAAGAAUAUUAAUUGUUCAAUAAAUUUAGAGGAGGAAGAAGAACUUUCCGACUGUAAAGAUUUUUGUAUUAGCAUUGUAGGUAAUGAGUUAAUACAGCAAUUUAUCACUUCAUGUAUGGAAGGACAGUGGACUAGUGAAGAAGCGAAAACGAUGUCUCAAGAAUAUCCUCAAUAUAUGUGCAUAUAUUGCUAUAAGAAAUUACAAGGUGUUGUGUCAUUCAAAAAACAAGUGAGAAAUAGUACACAAAAGUUGCAAGAAUUACUUUGCCGAAAUGCACCUAAAGCUGAAAGUGUUCAUGAUGAAGAAAACCAGGAAAUGGACAACAAUAGUUGUGUAGAACAAUCCACAACAAAUAUCUUUACUUUGUUGCUUAAAGAUACUCUUAUGGAAACGGAAUCCGUUAUGAUAAAUGCUGUGAGUGAUGUAGCAAUAAUGAGCAAGGAAUCACCUGAUCCAGAUCCAUUUGAUAAUGGUCCAUCGGUUGAUAUUGCAAAAAAAGAAAAUUUGAGCGAUGAUACUUGCGAAAGCAGUAGUGAAGAAUGGCAUGAUUUAAACGGGGAACACUCCAACGAAGGAAUAUAUGAACGAAUUACAGAUCAUGAUAAAGUAAACUUACAAAAUAAUGUCAAAUCAUCGACUAUGGUGGAAGGUAAAGCUCAGCAAAACCAACGCAGCGAUUGUAGUUUGGAAAUAAAAAAGUAUCCUACCCGCUCCCGUAGAAAACGUUCUCUACCGAUUGAAAAUACUAUGACUGAAAACACAAAUGACAAUAAAACAAAAUGUACAAAAGUGGGGAAAGUUGGUGGGCGCAUUCAAUUAGGUCUACGCACAGACCAUUUGGAUAUAACGACGAAGCGUCGUAAUAAAGGAACUAAGAACAGUUUCAAAUGCGAGCAAUGUAGUCACAGCUUUGCACACAAAAUAACACUGGAUGCUCAUAUACGCAAAGUACACGAAGGAAGUAAGCGUCCAUUUCAAUGUGAUCGUUGCGAAAAAUCGUACACAUUUAUUGGUGGACUAUAUACGCAUAUCAAGGAAAUACACGAAGCUGAGGUUAGAUCGUAUGCUUGUGAUAUUUCAGGAUGUGAGCGUAUAUAUACCAGUUUUAUAGCAAUGCAAAAGCAUAAACGUUUAAAGCACUCUGAUACAACGUGUUUAACCAAAUACGUGUGUGAACAAUGCGGUGCGACCUUUAAUCAAUCGGGUAAUCUUAAAUACCAUCGGCGUGCAAAACAUCCUACGGAAGCGGAACAAGCUGAAAAAGAGCAAAUGAAAGAGCGUUUCGAAUGUGAUAUCUGCAAAAAACUCUUCUAUUCCCGUUACACAUUGAAAUAUCAUACCCUGCAGCUGCAUACCAACGAAACGAAAUAUGAAUGUAACAUUUGCGGUCGACGAAUGGCAAAGAAAUUUAUGCUUGUCCAACAUAUGCUAGUUCAUUCUAACGACAAAAUGCCAUGCGAACACUGUGGUAAACAAUUUAUACGGAAAUUUGAAUUGGAGGCCCAUGUAAAAGCGGUGCAUAUGAAAUUGAAACCGUUUGAAUGUCAGUAUUGUUCCGAAUGUUUUGCUUCGCGGAAAACGCUACGCCAUCAUGAAUACAUACAUACAGGGGAGAAACCCUAUGUUUGUGAUGUCUGUGGACAAGCAUAUCGACAACAAACCUCCUUAAAAAGCCAUCGAAAAUCGCACGAAAAAUUCGUUGCGGAAUCAAAGUCAAUGAAUGUUAAUCAGGAGUUAAUUAAUUCAUUUUUGAUACCACAGCCUCAUACAACUCCACACAGCUCGUAGGUAAUUUUGAAUGGAUGCGAAGAGGAGUAAUCAAUAUACAAACACUAGUAACCUAAUUACGUUGUAGUUGGUAGUGUAAUUGCAAUACAGCUAUAAAAGUGCAAUACUAUGCAAAUAGCUGCUGUAAAUGCGUACCACGUUUUAUUACGUAUGUAUGAAAUAUUUUCAUUAGUUUUAAGUAUUUGUAUGUAUAAAUCCAUACUAUCUGAAAAUUGUUAAGCAAUAUUUUAAAAUAACUUGGGGUUUACUUAAA